UAUCUAUUUUAAUGUUAUCAAAUUCCAAGGGAAAGAGCUCAGGGCUGGGAGUUUGCUUUCUCAACUUUCAUAUGUUGCUGCUCAGGAGCUGGCAGACCCCAGCACCCUGUGAAUAUCUGUCUCCGCAGCCAAAGGUGUGAGGUAUAAAUACCCUCCUAGGGGAGUGGUCUCCUCACAAUAAACUUGGACACAGAAGAUAGAGGAUGAAGGGGAUGGUUCUGCAAGGAUGUGACCUUCUGCAUUGGUGAUUGGACUUAUCUCUGAGGCCUUCAGUGGAGCAGGAGAGAUCAGGAGGAUCCAGAACAUAUAUCUUCAGGGGAUCCAAAUAUCUUCAGGGGAUCCAUAUAUCCUCAGGGGAUCCAGACUCAUAUCUUCAGGGAAUCCAUAUAUCUUCAGGGGAUCCAAAUAUCUUCAGGGGAUCCAAAUAUCUUCAGGGGAUCCAGACUCAUAUAUCUUCAGGGGAUCCAUAUAUCUUCAGGGGAUCCAGACUCAUAUAUCUUCAGGGGAUCCAUAUAUCUUCAGGGGAUCCAGACUCCUAUAUCUUUAGGGGAUACAGACUCCUAUAUCUUCAGGGGAUCCAGGCUCAUAUAUCCUCAGGGGAUCCAUAUAUCCUCAGGGGAUCCAGACUCAUAUAUCUUCAGGAGGAUCCAUAUAUCUUGGAGAACAUCUGUAGGAAUUUGGAACAAUCUCGAAGGAUGUAUCAAGGUCUGGCAAUGACUGCUAACCAUGGACCCCCAUCAUAUGAAGGGGCUGGGGGCUUCAUGCACAGUGCUGCUGCUACCUCUCCUGUCUAUGUCCCCACCACCAGGGUGUCCUCCAUGAUCCCCAGCCUCCCAUACCUCCAGUCCAGUGCCCACACUCAGCAAGGGAGCCCGGUAUCUGGGCACAACAUGUGGGCACAGGCGGGGGCAGAGAGCUCAGCCUACAGCUCUAGCACCCCUCACCAGCCUGUGUCCCCCCGCUUUGCCUUCUCCUCCAGCCCCCCUAUCAGUGCAGCCUCCUCCAGAGAGGUCUCCUACAGCAGCCCCCUGGCCAUCACCACCAAUGGAAGAGACCAAUACGGCAGGGGUCUCGGUGCCUCCUACUCCAGCCCAUACCAAGCCUAUGUCACCCAGGACAUGGGUGCUGCCUGGACUACUUCUCCAUUCGAUAGUUCUAUGCUACACAACCUGCAGAACAGGGGGGGACCUGGAGCCACAAGACACCCCAAUAUAGAAUAUUUUGAUGAUUUCUCAGAAGGCCGAGAAUGUGUCAACUGCGGAGCGAUGUCUACCCCACUAUGGAGGAGGGAUGGUACAGGCCACUAUCUUUGCAAUGCAUGUGGGCUGUACCAUAAGAUGAAUGGGAUCAACCGUCCACUGAUCAAGCCCCAACGAAGGCUGUCUGCUUCCCGCCGUGUCGGCCUCUCCUGUGCCAACUGCCAUACAACUACCACGACCUUGUGGCGUCGGAACGCAGAAGGAGAACCUGUAUGUAACGCUUGUGGACUAUAUAUGAAGUUGCACGGUGUUCCCAGACCACUGGCGAUGAAGAAGGAGGGCAUCCAGACAAGGAAACGUAAACCAAAGAAUCUCAGCAAGUCCAAAACUCCAACAGGACCAAACGGCACUGACAACCCCACUCCAUCCACCACCACUACAGAAGACAUGCGCCCCAUAAAAAUCGAGCCUGGGCUUUCUCCUCCAUAUGGACAUUCAGCAUUAUCUCAGGCAUCAGCUUUAUCGACUAUCACAAGUCAUGCCUCCUCUAUCCAUUCAAUGGUCGGUCUCAAGCUAUCUCCUCAGACCCACCACUCUACAAUCAACACAUCUCCUCAAUCUAGCUCCAAAAAUGACUCCUGGAACAGUUUGGUCUUAGCUUGACAUGACUCUUUCACCAGUGACUCUUUCACCAGAUGUCACGUAAAAAGAAAAAAAAAAAGGAAAAUUGAUAAGCUCUCAAGUGACCUAAAAAAUAACCCCAAAAACUGCAGCUACUUUAGAAAUGAAACAAACUCGUAGUAAAGUAAUUUAAUGUUUAUUCUUAUAGAAAAGACUUUUAUACAGUGGAACGAUAUUUAAUGUGAACAGACAGAUAAGCGGCUGGAGAGAAGUGAACGUUUCUCCAUACGGAAAUCAUGCUGGCCAGAAAUGGUCUCCAAAACUACGGCAAAUUUUUGUAAACUUUUAUUUUUUUGGGAGGUGAGGGGGGGGGGGGGGGGGCAGGGCCAGGGCGAGUGGAGGAUGCCUAUAUUAACACUGGAAGUGUCUGGAAAGCUUUCAGCUGCAUUUGCUAACCUUUAUAGUUACUGCCGUGGAUAUCUGCACAAAAGUAAUUUCGAAUAAAAAAAUAUAUAUUUUGGUUUUUCAUCAAUAAGGGGGCAUCACAGAGCCCUGCCACUGCCGUGAGUCUAUUUGAACUUGUUCCCUGGUAUUUUGUAUUACAUUUUAUUUUUAUCUAAGCAAGUGGCAGAAUUGGCUCUAUAGUUGGCUGACCCGUGUGGGUUCUUAAGGAAGUCCGGAGACUCGUCUUACAGGCACUAAAAAAUUUGCACAAUUUUCAGAAUUCUCUAACAAAUCCAUAAAUGUUGAAUCUCCAUGUCCUUGUAGGAAGCAGCCGGGAUGUCACUAAUCAUUCUGUAAUAAACCAGAUCCAUACUAUGAAGUUUGGAAUACGUAAAACUCAUUUAAAGGGAACUUGUCAUCUGUUUCAUGCAGCCCGAAUCACAGGCAGAAUGAAACAGAUAAAGUCAUUGGAGACUAGUCAUUGGAGAAGUCCUGGCAGCUGCCUUCUACCCAGCCGGCCUUUAGUGACGAAUCUCUCCUAGUAGAGUAUAGGAAGAAAUGCGUCACUCAAGGGUGAUGGAGUGAGAAGCAGCUUUGGGGGGACCACCUCCCUUGACUACUUACUUUGUUAACCCAUGAUGUCUCUGAAACGCCUAAGCGGCAUCCCGCUGCCUGUAUCUGCUUCCUGUUGUUUGGAAAGCAUGUAACAGGUGACAGUUUAUCUGUCAUUGGCAUGGUUUGGGCAGCAUGAACCAAGUUACGGGUAACUAGUCAUUGGGGUGGUUCCUGAUGGCUGUUUCCGGCUCAGCCAGCCUCUAGUUACACAUCUCUCCUAGUAGAGUAUAGGAAGGGAUGCGUCACUCAAGGCCGAUGGAGUGGGAAGCAGCUUUGGGGGACCACCUCCCUUGAGAAUUUACUUUGUUAACCCAUGAUAUCUAUGAAAAGCCCAAGCGGCAUACCGCUGCCUGUAUGGGAAGCAUGAAACAGGUGACAGGUUAACUGUCUUUGGCAUGGUUUGGGCAGCAUGAAACAAUUGAUGGGUAACAUGUCAUUGGGGUGGUUCCUGAUUGCUGUUUCCUUCCCAGCCAACCUCUAGUGACACAUCUCUCCUAGGAGUGUAUAGCAAGAGAUGCAUCACUCAAGGCCAACGGAGUGGGAAGCAGCCAUGUGGGACCACGUCCCAUGACUACUUACUUUGUUAGGCCACGAUGUCUCGGAAAUGCCCAAGUGGCAUCCUGCUGCCUUUGUCUGCUCCCCAUGGUUUUGGCAGCAGGAUACGGGUGACAGGUAUCUAAUCAUUGGGGCUGAUGUCUGCUUUCUGCCCAGCCGACUUCUAGUGAUAUAUCUUUCCUAGUACUGUAUAGCAAGAGAUGUGUCACUCAAGGCCAUCAAAGUGGAGAACAGCUGUGGGGGACCACAUUCUACUUUGUUGCCUUUGAAACGCCCAGGUGGCUUCCCGCUGCCUGUAUCUGUUUAAUGCUCCUCGUGGUUUGGGCAGCAUGAUACAGGUGACAGGUUCCCAUUUAGCAAUGUUAAUCUUUAGUUUUGCAACAUUUUGUGUAAAAUUUAGAACUGGACUUUGCAAUUUAGUAAAAUUUGACAUUUGCAGACAUUUCUUCAUAUUAAGUGUUGUGGUGCCCUGUUCUGUGGGUAGUGACUGUUCAGUUUACUGUCAUAGUAGCCAUUCCAGGAAUAGUCUAAGCCAGUAUGUCCCUACCAGUAUGCCUGCAGCUGUUGAAAAACUACAAUUCCUAGCAUGCCCGGACAGCCAAAGGCCAAAAGCCAAAGGCCAAAGGCUGUCCGGGCAUGCUAGGAGUUGUAGUUUUUCAACAGAUGGAGAAACACUGGUUGGGAAACAUUGGUCUAAGCAAAUGACCACACUCCAUUUAGGUUGGACUUUUUUAGCAGGUUGUGUAGCCAUAAGAAUCCCUAUUUUUGGUGAAAUGGUCACUUGCUCAUAAAAGUUGGUUUAGUCUCCUCAAAAAUGGUUCCUUCUACUUCCUGUGGGUAUCAGAUAUGGAAAAUGGCUUCUUCUCCUUCCAAUGAUUCAACGGCUUGUCUUUGUGUAAGGAGAAUUAAUCAUUGUAGACUCCAUACCAUAUGGGAAAGUUCAGGGCUAGCGUGAAUUAGGAGAGGGAAUCGGGAGGAUCAUACACUUUAGAUGGUGGCUGAAUGCUUGUUCAGCCAAUAGCUGUCUCUCACGACCUCGACUCACCCCAAUAGUAGGUUAUCUACCGCAUGAACCAAUGGAUCUGGCAUGUUAGAACCGAACAUAAGUUGUGAGACCCUCCAUUAGAUGGUCAGUUGAUUCUACCAGUAUUUUAUUUGUAUGGCCAGAUUAUCCGGGUAGCCCACAGCUGGACAAUUUUGAGAGUGUCAUGUCUCCCAAUACUGACAAAAGAAUCAACCAUGUUGGAACCCAAAGCCAAUCUUUCUUUCCACCACUGCACUUGCAGUUGGGGACACCUCUGUACAUUGGUUUGUUCAACCAACAUUAACCUAAUGUGUAUGUUCCCCAUUAGGCAACAGUAAAAAACUUCCUUGGGUAUUGGUCUCUUGGCAUUUAUCAAGCCCUAAAUAUACAGUGGCCUUAUUUUUUAUAUGAACCAAACCAAAAAUACCAUGAAAAAUGUUUUUUUUUUCAGAUGGGUUGUCCUCACAAUGAAGAGACAAAAUUGAAGAUCUGCCCUAACAAAAUCUGGUCUGGAUGGGGUUAAGAUUUCCUAAAGAAGUGGUCUUCAAAAAAGUUUUCCAACUUCUUUGUGUGCACCCAACUUCUUACAUAAGGGUUUGCCAUGGAAGGUUCCAAUUUCAAAGUGACAAGCUAAAGCUUCUGAGAUAUCUCCAGAUUUUUUUUUUCAUACAAUAUAGUUUAUUGACAGGUUCUCUUCAACUUUUUGUAUCACUCCAGAAACACAUUCUGCCUUGUAAAAAUAUUUUUUUAGUCAUUGUGUUUCCGUACAUCUGCUGUAGAAGCGUCACCACAACUCUAAAAACUGGGUAGAGUCCUACCGGUAUGGUAGCCAAAGGAAUGUAGGCUAGUGGCUAGUAUCCAGUGAAGGAGGUCAUUUUGGAUCUUACUCUGUGAGUACAGACAUUUCCUGAAGAAAAUAACUCCUACCCUUAAGCUGGCAAACACAUUAUAUUAAUGUUAAACGAAUUCUCCAGUUUUGGCAGGAUGGUCCUCUUAACUCUUCCUCAAUGGGAGAUGUUGGGUAAGUGAAGAACCAGCAAGGUGGAUUACAACAAGCAUGAUCUUUUUGCUCUAAGAGAAGAUAAGUCAACUCCAGAGACAUUGUCUAACUCACCUCUUCUUGUUAAGAACAGGUAGAUACUUGGCUAAGGUGGACCGGCAGGUGUAUGGGGAUGUUGGGAGAGAUACCUGUUGGUUGAAGAGUAGGGCCAGCUUUAGAGUAAUUUCCCCAGCUCCUUUUGAACUAACUGGCUGCAAAGUCCCGGUAAUCUGUAGGCGACCAUCAUCAUCCAACUGGCUUUGUACUUUUUGUUGACUGCCCAUAUUCGGAUAGCAUUGUCAUUGGAUAGGAUGUCACUAGAAGAUUGAAAUAUCCGUGAUAGGGUUUGGGGUAAACGAAUUCUAUGGCAAUGAGUAAUAGGGACUUCAAUGGUAACUUCACCCCCUAUUGAAAUGUGCAACUGCGAAUCAAUGUACAUGAUUGAUGAAAAUGUCUUUAGUAAAGAUAACUAAGUAAAAUUUGAAAAUUUAUUGACUUUAAGAUUUUUGAUGUUAUUUUUGAAAUUGUCAAAGAAAACCUUCUUUUUUCCCCUUUGUAAAGUUUUAUGUAUAAAGUAACAAAAGGCGUAAAACACAAACACACAGGUAAAAGAUGUAUGUACCCAUUGAGAAUAUGAAGUUGUUACCAAGGACGCUUCUAACAACCUUCAAAAUUUCAGAAAAUAAACCAAACUAAAACUCACUUUUUCGCUCACAGUUUUUACUUAUGUACGGGUUGAGUAAUAAGAGGCAAGGUCAAGGAAAGUAGUAAUCAUGGGUGAGAUUAUUGGACCAUAUUAUCCCAAAUAGAAUAUCAGAUGACAGGUUGUGAGACCAAUUUAUCUGCAAGAAUAAUUCC